CCACGCCGUCGAGCGCCGCGCGGAGCGCGGCGUGGAGCGCGUAAAACACCGCCUCGUCGUCGUCGUUAGACACACGAGAUGCCCAACGCGAAAGUCGCCGAGCCCGGCGCCGCCGCAGAGGCCUGGGCCGCCUCGGAGCCCGCCGACGACGCGCGCCUCGCGCGCAUGCGCGCUCUGCUGGAGCAGUCGUCUCCCAAAAAGGCCCCGCGCGAGAGCUACCAGGACCCCAUGGUGCUGAGCUCGGGCUACGCCAUGCCGCGCGUGGGCCUCGGCACCGCGCACCUCUUCGAGGCGCAGAUCGCGGCGAACCUCGCCGCCGGCGCGCGGCACCUCGACUGCGCGCGCAUCUACGGCAACGAGGCCGCCGUCGGCCGCGCCGUGCGCGCGAGCGGCGUGCCGCGGUGCGAGCUCUUCCUCACGACGAAGCUGUGGAUGGACGAGGCGCGGCCCGAGCGCGUCGCCGCGGCGCUCGACGACAGCCUCCAGCAGCUCCAGACGAGCUACGUGGACCUGCUCCUCAUCCACUGGCCGCUCAAGUUCCGGCCGGGCACGGUCCUCGCCCGGGACGGCGCCGUCGGCGACUUUUCGGCGACGUGGGCGGCCAUGGAGGCGCUCGCGGCGUCGGGCAAGGCGCGGAGCCUCGGCGUGUCCAACUUCGACGAGGCGCAGCUGUCGCGGCUCCUCGACGACGCGAAAACCAUCCCGCCGGCGGUGAACCAGGUCGAGGCGCACCCGAAGUUCCCGAACCAGGCGCUCGUCGACUUUUGCCUCUCGCGCGACGUCGCCGUCGUCGCCUGGGGCCCGCUCGGCGGCGACCCGCGGCGCCUCGGCGAGGACUCCAUGCUCUGGGCGACGGCGAAGAUGCACGCCGCGUCCCUCUGCCGCUGCGCGCUCCGCUGGAACCUCGAGCGCGGCGUCGCCGUCAUCCCCAAGAGCACGCGGCCCGCGCACGUCGCGGACGCGCUCGCCGCGACGGCGGGGCCCCGGCUCACGGCCGACGACCGCCGCCUCCUCGCGGACUCGCGGCGCCGCGGCUCCCGCCGCUUCCCCGACGUCAUCGGCGUCUGGCCCGCGACGGCCUUCGUCGGCUUCCGGCUCGUCGGCUGGUGGCUCCACGUCGUCUUCUCCGCGCUCUUCGCCGUCGUCCCCGGCGUCGACGCCGUCGGCUUCGCGCGCGCGCGCGCGGCGCGCAAGGAGCGGCGCUACGCCGCGGCCGUCGCCGCGCGGGACGCCGCCGCGGACGCGAAGCGGGACUAAUGCGAUU